UUUAAAUAUAUAAUAUAUAUAUAUAUAUAUAUAUAUAUAUAUAUCCUAGGUGAUACGUUUGUCAUAUGAUUUCUUGAGCUUUUCGCGGAAUUGAUGACUGCAUCAAUCAAAUUACGAAUAUUUUCUUUGGUACUUCAAAGUGACUGAUUGAGAAUUUUUAGAAAGAGAAAAUGGGUAAAGAAAAGAUUCAUAUAAAUAUAGUCGUUAUCGGCCACGUUGAUUCGGGAAAAUCUACAUCAACAGGUCACCUUAUUUACAAAUGUGGUGGUAUAGACAAGCGUACCAUCGAAAAAUUCGAAAAGGAGGCUCAAGAGAUGGGUAAAGGAUCCUUCAAAUAUGCUUGGGUUUUGGAUAAAUUAAAAGCAGAGCGUGAACGAGGUAUCACCAUUGACAUUGCUCUUUGGAAAUUUGAGACUGCCAAAUACUAUGUUACAAUUAUUGAUGCCCCUGGACACAGAGAUUUCAUCAAAAAUAUGAUAACGGGUACUUCGCAAGCAGAUUGUGCCGUUCUAAUUGUGGCUGCAGGAACUGGUGAGUUUGAAGCUGGUAUUUCAAAGAAUGGACAGACAAGGGAGCAUGCAUUGCUCGCAUUCACUUUGGGAGUUAAACAACUUAUUGUUGGUGUGAAUAAAAUGGAUUCUACAGAACCCCCAUAUUCAGAAGGAAGAUUUGAAGAAAUCAAGAAGGAAGUAUCUUCCUAUAUUAAAAAAAUUGGAUAUAAUCCAGCAGCUGUUGCUUUUGUACCUAUAUCAGGUUGGCACGGAGACAACAUGUUGGAAGCCUCAGAUAAAAUGCCAUGGUUUAAGGGAUGGUCCAUUGAAAGAAAAGAGGGAAAAUCAGAGGGAAAGACUUUGAUUGAAGCUUUGGAUGCCAUUUUACCUCCUUCUCGUCCAACAGAAAAACCACUUCGUCUUCCCUUACAGGACGUUUACAAGAUCGGUGGAAUUGGAACUGUACCAGUUGGAAGAGUAGAAACAGGCGUUCUUAAGCCAGGAAUGGUCGUUACAUUUGCUCCUGUUGGUUUGACCACUGAAGUCAAAUCUGUAGAGAUGCAUCACGAAGCUUUACAAGAAGCUGUUCCAGGCGAUAAUGUAGGUUUCAAUGUGAAGAAUGUAUCUGUCAAAGAACUUCGCAGAGGAUAUGUAGCUGGCGAUUCUAAAAACAACCCACCAAGAGGAGCAUCAGACUUCAUGGCACAGGUUAUUGUUCUCAACCAUCCCGGACAAAUUGCUAAUGGGUACACGCCAGUAUUGGACUGCCACACUGCUCAUAUCGCCUGUAAAUUUGCUGAGAUUAAGGAAAAGUGCGAUCGCCGCAGUGGAAAAACGACUGAGGAAAACCCAAAGGCCAUUAAGUCUGGGGAUGCUGCAAUCAUCAAUCUGGUGCCAUCAAAACCGAUGUGCGUUGAGUCGUUCCAAGAGUUUCCCCCACUAGGACGUUUUGCUGUCCGCGAUAUGAGACAGACAGUAGCGGUAGGCGUCAUUAAGUCUGUUAAUUUUAAAGAUACGGCGGGCAAAGUGACGAAAGCCGCUGAGAAAGCACAGAAGAAGAAAUAACUAGACUUAGCUGCAUCUCCCAUUACCAUUAGAGGUCUCAAGAACAUCUUCAUCGAUCGUUAUUAUUUGCCGUUUUCUAGAUGGCUGCAGCAGAAUUAUUUUCAUCGCAAGGAGUUUAGAAGGAAAACGCUCUACUAUACUUCCAAGCUUUGUAGCUAUUUAUUUGUUUACAUUAAGUAAUGCUUUUUCCUUUGAAGAUUUAAGAAUAAGCAUUUUCUUGUUGGGUUAAGUUUUUUGAAUUUUUGUUAGUCAAUUGAUGAUGAUAGACUUGAAUCUAGUUGCUAUGUAUAAGGCCUUCUUUCAGAGAACAAUAAAGAAGUCCUUAACCCAUA